GCAGCUGAAGAGGCUCCGCAGGGCCUGUGGAGGCCUGUCCAGACUUGCCAAAGGGAUGCUCUGCUUCUGCUCAUGCUCUCAGCCUCCCAGUCGGCCCUGACUUGGCGGCCAGCCCUAAAAGGGGCACCUCUCAUGGGGAGGCUUUCUCCAGAGAGAGGAGGCGUGCCAGCCUGGCCUUCCUCUGAGGCUGAGAGAGUGUGGCCGGCCAAGCGCCCUCAGUGGGUUGCCAUGCCUCAACCCAAGGCUCAGGCCGUCUGCUUGGAUUAUUGUCUGGGUUCAGUUUGCUCGGAUCUGCUCCAACUCCUUUCAGCUGCACCUGAGAUUUUGUAACAUGGACCAGGAGGCCAAUGUUGGCAGAGGUCUCUUUCUGGGAUACAAAGGGGAGCAACUGGGGCAAGGCCUCUUCGGAGGAGGGCUCUGGGGAGAAGAAGGGGGCCCCUAAAGGCUGGCUGGUCUUGGGAGCUAAGCAGGGUCGGCCCUGGUCAGCCCUUGGCUGGGAGACCGCCCAUGAACCCCGUAGGCUUUGUUUCAGAGGAAGGAGAAGCGGGCAAAGGAACCCCAGGAAAGAAAGGCCUGCUCAGAUGGAGAGCGGGAGAAUAGCAUUGGGGUCCCUGCUGCCGCCCCCGAAAGGCCCCCAAAGGGGGGAGAGGGAGGGAGGAGGGCCCCGGGAGACCUCCUUCCUCCUCCUCCGGCAGGUCAGAACCUGUCACUCCCCACCGAGCAGGAAAGAAAGAAAGAAAGAGGAGGAGGAGGCUCGGCGCCCCGCCCGUCCGCCCGCCCCGUCGAGAGAAGAAGCGGGAGGAGGAAGGGAGGCAGCCAUCCCUGCCCCGCUUCCAAUCCCCGCCGGCUGCCUUCUUCCUUCCCCGCGGCGGCGGCGGCAGCGGGGCCCCAGGAAGGCGGCCAUGGCUCCGGCGGCGCUGCUGCUGCUGCUGCUGCUGGAGGGAGCCUGGCGGGGGGCGGCCCUGCCCCGGAUCAGCCUCCCCUUCGACUCCCCGCAGAGACUCCUGAGCCGCUUUGAAGCACCUAGAAUCACCAACUACACAACUUUGAUGCUGAGUCCGGACGGACGGGUCUUGUAUGCGGGCGCCCGAGAGACCCUCCUGGCCCUAAACACCAGCGCUUUCUCCCCUGGACCCCAGCACCGGAGGCUGUCAUGGGGGGCCGAGGAGGAGAAGAAACGGCAGUGUGUCUUCAAGGGCAAAGACCCCCAGAGAGACUGCCACAAUUACAUCAAGAUCCUCUUGCAGCUGAACGAGACUCACCUGUACACCUGUGGCACCAGCGCCUUCAGUCCCACCUGCACUUACAUUAAAAUUCCAGACUUUAGCUUGAUCCAAGAGGCAUCUGGGAAGCUGCUGCUGGAGGAUGGGAAGGGGCGCUGCCCCUUUGAUCCGGAGUACAAAUCCACUGCCAUCAUGGUUGAAGGUGAACUCUACACAGGGACUGUCAGCAACUUUCAAGGCAAUGAGCCCACCAUCCUCCGAAGCCAUGGUAGCCGCCCGGCCAUCAAGACGGAAAACUCUCUCAACUGGCUGCAAGACCCCUUCUUUGUGGGUUCUGCCUACCUGCGAGAGGGUCUCCCACCCAGCAACCCCCAGAGGGAGGAAGACAGCAGCAACGACAACGACAAGAUCUAUUUCUUCUUCAGUGAGAGCGGCAAGGAGUUUGACUUCUUUGACGACACCAUUGUGUCACGCAUCGCACGCGUCUGCAAGGUGGCGACUUGGGGGGGAGAGCGGGUCCUGCAGCGGCGGUGGACAACCUUCCUGAAGGCCCCCUUGCUCUGCUCGCACCCGGAGGAUGGCUUCCCUUUCAACAUACUCCAGGACAUGUUUGUCUUGACCCCAGGCCAGGACUGGAGACAGACUGUCUUCUAUGGGGUUUUCACCUCCCAGUGGGACAGGAAGGGUGCUGGGGGUGCGGCCGUCUGUGCCUUCUCCAUGCUGGACGUGAAGGAAGCCUUCAAUGGUCUCUACAAGGAGGUCAACCGGGAGACGCAGCAGUGGUAUACAGACACCCACCCUGUGCCAGAGCCCCGGCCUGGAGCAUGCAUCAGCAGCCAGACGCGCCAGAUGAAGAUUGCCUCCUCCCUCCAGAUGCCUGACCGGGUGCUCAACUACCUCAAGGACCACUUCCUGAUGGACAGCGCUGUCCGGAGCCAGCCUCUCCUCCUGCAGGGACACUCCCGUUACCGGCAGCUCUCUGUGCAGCGGGUCCAGGGUCUGCACCAGGCCUAUGACGUCUUGUUUUUGGGCACAGAUAAUGGCCAGCUCCACAAGGCUGUGGUCACAGGAGAGAAGGUGCAUCUGAUUGAAGAGAUCCAGCUGUUCCCUCCUGGGCAGCCCAUCCUUGAGCUGCUGCUUGACCCCAUCCAGGGCCUUCUCUAUGCUGCCUCCUAUGAUGCCUUGGUGCAGGUCCCUCUUGCCAACUGCAGUCUGCACCAGACCUGUGGGGAGUGCAUCUUGGCUCAGGACCCCUACUGCGCUUGGAGUGGACAUGCCUGCCAGCCCCCCAUCCUGAACCGCCAGCAGCUCCAUGGAGUGUCUUGGGCCCAGGAUAUUGAAAAUGCAGAUGCCGUGGGGCUCUGUCCAGUGAGCACCAUGCAGUUUGCCAACUCAGGAGCGGAGGAAUCCCCGUGCCAGCGGGUGGUGCUGCACCCCAAUGCCGUGAAGCCCCUGCCCUGCCCGCCGCUCUCCAAUCUGGCCUCCUGGAAGUGGGAGAAGGACGGGGCCCCCCUCAAUGCCUCCUCCCUGGUGCUCCCAGACGGAGGGCUGGUGCUAGUGGGGGGGUCAGGCCAAGCAGGGCGCUACGAGUGCUGGUCCUGGGAGGGGGGCUUCCGGAAGCGGACAGCCAGCUACUGCGUGGAGGUGGAGCCAGCCCUGGGCCCCAGGCUCAUGCCCCCUCUCCGCAGCCCCCCGGAAACUGUCAGCACUUCCAGGAGCACCUCAGCGGAGGCGACCGGGGACAUCUCUGCGCUGCUGGAGGACAAAACCUACUGGACUGAGUUCCUGGUGAUGUGUGCCCUCUUCGGCAUGACUGUCACACUGCUCACCCUCUUUGGGCUGCACCGGCACCAUGACGCCAUAAAAGCCUUCCUCAAGCAGGGCACCUGCACCCAUGCCAAGGCGCCCCGGAAGGCUGGGGCGCCCCCAGAGAGCCUGCCCCUCAAUAGCGCCAAUGUGCCCAGCAGCCUGCCAGAACACAAGGGCUACCAGGCGCUCAACGACAGCCACGUGGCCAACACUCCUGCACAUGUUGGGCCAGGCCACCUGGACGUGGCCUUCCUGGAGUCCAGCCGGCGCCCACUGAGCAUCCAUGGCAGCUUCGUGGAAGUGUCAGCUGCCUCCCAGCGACCCCGUGUGCGCCUGGGCUCCGAGAUCCGGGACUCAGUGGUAUGAGGCUGGCAUUGCCCACUGUAACAACAGACUAGACAGACAUAUCUUGCUGUGCUGAGCCUUCCACAGAACCAGGCCUAGGGCCACAUUCAGAACUGGCUCUUGGCAUGAGAAUUAAACAGUGCUGGGCCAUAGGGCUGCUGGGACCUUUUGGGGUGGCCAGCCCUGUGUGACAGAGGGCACCGUAGAGCUUCCAAGAGGAAGAGAAACCUCCAGCCUUUGCCACUGUGCCCACUUGAGAAGGUGGCACCAUGGAAUGAGACGCACACCUCAGCUGACUUUGAGGGUCCUAAACCUGCAGAGAGCCAGUGGGGCAGGGGAGCAUGUGAGGUCUGGGCAGGGGCACUCCUUUGCCAAACCUGUGGGACCUGUGCCCCCUUUCCCUUGGCUGGUCCAACAAACAUGGCUCCACCAUGCCUUCCCUCAAGAACUGCUUCCUCUGCCAAGUACAUGGAUGGCGUGGAUGGGAGGCCACCGUUUGGGCGUCUGGGGUGCAGGGAGGGAGACCGGCUUGCAUGGGUGUCUAAGGAGAAAGGCAGGUAUUUCAGUGCUCAGGUUGUGUGCAUGGCCCAGGGACAUCCAAGCUAGUGGGGCGCAUGACUGUUCUGCCAGGGCCAAAUGCCAAAGGAGGAAGCCCUUCCAAGGUCUGGCCCGACUUCACCAGCACUGAGCGCCCCCUUGCCCUUGCCCCACGUCCGGCAGCACUCCUGCACAAGAGGUGGCUGAGUUUAUUUGUGUGGAUUUUUACAUAAAUUUGACCUGUUUCCUGUG